AUGGAAGAGCACGAGAAGACAGAGUCAGUUUCCUUUCAAGGCCAAAAUGCCGGGGAACACUUUACCAUGGAAGUCGAAGAAGGUCAUCAGUUUCGAUGCUUUGAAACCAAGGAAGAGCUAGUCGAUGCCGUGGAUAGAUACCACGGACACAACCACGUUGACAUGGAGAUGGCGGAGAAAUACGGUUGGCCCAUUGGAAAUUGGUGCACCCGUUUAGUCACGGACAUGAGUGACUUAUUCUACGACCAUACAGCCUUCAAUGAAGAUAUUGGAAUGUGGUCUGUCAGCAAAGUCACUGAUUUCACUGCCAUGUUUCAGAAUGCCAUUGAAUUUAACCAGGAGCUUUCCUACUGGGACACCAGCAAGGCUACCUCCAUGAGUCGCAUGUUUGCCAUGGCCAAGAGUUUCAAUUCAGACAUUUCAGCGUGGGACGUGUCCAAAGUCACCACGGCCUCGUACAUGUUCCUGCAUGCACUGAAAUUCAAUGCCGACAUUUCCGAUUGGCAUGUAUCUUCCAUUACUGACAUGGAGCGAAUGCUGAGAGAUGCCAGAACCUUUAGUUACAAAGAAAAGGUGGAAAUGAAAUGGAACAUCCACAAAGAUGCCGUCACACAUCGCAUGCUCGACAAUUGCGGGGAGUUCUAA